UUUGGUGCAGAUAGUAUUUUGUCAACAUGACUAUAAACAUAACCAAAGAGAAAUCGAUAAGUUUAGGAAAGUUGUAGUGAAAAGCGAAAUGCAUAUUCGUUCUCGUGUAUCAUAAUGUCAUUGAUAUAGGUGUACUAACAAUGUGGUUUUUUUAUUUAUUGAGUUGGUUUGCAUUGUUGGUGCAAGUGUGCUUUGUGACUGUGGCUGUUGCUGCUGGACUGUAUUAUCUAGCGGAACUUGUGGAAGAAUAUACCGUCGCAUCAAAAAAAGUAAUUUGGUGGAUGAUAAUUGGAACUUUGCUUAUAUACAUUGGCUUCAUCCUCUUUGAAGAUUUACCCCACACUCUAACUGUGUGUGGCAUUAUUAGUCAGAUCUCUCAUCUUUUUAUCCUGAAAACAUAUCCAUAUGUUGUGAUCACAUCACCUUCAUUUAUAAUUGCAGUUAUUAUGUUGGUUGUGAACCACUAUUUAGCAUUCCAAUAUUUUGCUGCUGUGUACCAUUCAUUUUCGGAGGUACUUUCAUAUUUUACAUUAUGCCUAUGGCUAGUUCCAUUUGCAUUAUUCGUCUCACUGUCUGCAAACGAAAAUGUUCUCCCUACAGUGGCAGAAACAAGACCACUUCUUGAUGACAGUGAUGUGGUUACCAACUACUUUUCAAGGAAAGGCAAGAAAUAUGGACUAUUGUCAUUCUUCAAUUAUGCGAAGGAUUCUAUACUACCUCAGCGAACUAAGAAGGCAUUUUAACUGGUUUGGGUGAAUGGUUUUGUGUAAUAAUUUGCAAUGAAAAUGUCAUGUGGCAACAGAAAUGAGAAUUGUGUUUGUAACCUGUGAUACAUAUAUUUUUUGAAAAGAACGGAAUUGUUUAUAAUUUUAUGUGUUGUUAACAUUGGUGAUUAAGGUGAUCACUGAAUUUUGUACCUUUCUGCUACCUAUGAGACUGCUUUAGUGUUUUUAUGUAAUUAAGAUGAUGAUAACAAACACCAUCAGUGAUUUUUACUACAAGAGCUAGUCAAGAAUGUUAAUUCAGAAGUUACACAUUCUGAUUUAAUUCUGUUUCGUACAUUUCAGGAAGUCUGUGUUGUACGUUACUUAUUUCUGAAUUUUCAAUUUAAAUAAAAAACGGUUGAAUACUC